AUGCCUUUUGUAAACAUCAAAAAGCAAUAUCUAGCAAUGGGGUUGUUAAUUUUCGUUAUGUUGUUUUUAUUUAACACUAGGCCAGUUUUUCAAUGUCAGUUUAAUGCAGAAGUGAGUUCAUAUCUCCCAGUGAUAUACGGGAUUACUCCAACGUACGCGAGGCUCGCUCAAAAGGCGGAUCUUACAAGGUUAUCACAAACUUUGAUGCAUGUAAAGAACCUUCAUUGGGUGGUGAUUGAAGACUCUUUAGAGAAGACAAAAUUGGUUGCGAACUUGCUCAAAGAAUCAAAUCUAAAGUACACACAUCUGAACAUUAAAACUCACAAAACGAAACAAUCCACGCCUACAUCUAUACAGAAAGUAAGAGGAAUUAAAGGGGUCGCAGCCAGUGGCGUGGAACAAAGAAAUCUGGCUCUGGAUUGGCUGAAGGGCCAUUUGCAGAAGUCCGAGGAUCAAAGAGGCGUUGUCUACUUUAUGGACGAUGACAACACUUAUUCGCUUAAAGUUUUUGAUGAGAUGCGGAAAAUAAAGAGAGUUGGUGUGUGGCCAGUCGGUAUAGUUGGCGGUAUGAGGGUCGAGAUGCCUCUAGUCACGGACGGGAAAGUAAGCGGCUUCAACGCCUGGUGGAAACCAUUCCGACCAUUCCCCAUUGACAUGGCAGGGUUUGCUAUCAACGCUACUCUGUUCCUUGAACACCCUGAAGCCAAGUUCUCCAGAAAAGUCCAGUCUGGCUUUCAGGAAAGUGAAAUAUUAAAAUACUUCACGACGAGAGACGAAUUGGAGCCGUUAGCUGAGAACUGUACUAAAGUGUUUGUAUGGCAUACACGUACUCAGAAACCUUCGAUAGUAAACCCGCAGAAAUUGAAGCGCCCAAUUGCCUCCUACGACCAUAUCGAAGUGUGA